GAUAUAGAAAUCUAUAUUUGUUAAUUUGGUGUGUACAUUUUAUCCAAGUCGGUCGUUUAAUAUUAAGAAUCACGAAUUUGUGAGUGUAAAUACGAUUCCUGUUAGUCUGCCGUUCACUUUGGCAACGCCGCGUCUUUCUAACCCUGUUCUCUUCUAAGGUUUGGCUAUUUCCCCGAUUUUCCAUCCGGUCUUUCGACUUGAAACAAAUAAACGAGUUGCUCCGGGCGAGAAUGAACACUUUCGUCCAUUUAAGGUGUGAUUUCAAAUCGAUUUAAAUUUCGGGAGUAACGGAACAAGUGAAAACAUCAUUAAUAAAUUGUGUCGAAUAUGGUUCAUUCAACUUACGCCCAAGGUCAUGUUAUGGGAGGUCGGGAUAAUAGUCCAUUAGGCAUUCCGAAAUCACCCUCUUUUCACAGCGGAUUGGAUCUUGUGGCAUCUGCUAGUGUUGAUUCUCUAAAGGCAGCAUACGAGUUACAACAAAAUACGGGAUUUCCUUCGAAGAUCACCUUUUACGGAACUGUGAUGACUGGAAAACCAACCAACGGACCAAUUGAAGUAACCGGUAAGAUUUUCGUCAAAAAUUCCUUGGCUAUACGGAGUAUGCAGACUUUGGGACGCCUUUCUAUGUUAAAAGAUGCUCCUUCGGAUGAAAGAGAAGAUUUAUUCAUUCAAAAACUUAGACAGUGCUGCGUGCUUUUUGACUUUGCAUCGGAUCCCCUUUCUGACUUAAAAUGGAAAGAAGUCAAAAGAACUGCACUUCAGGAAAUGGUAGAAUAUGUUACAACACAGAAGGGUGUGAUAACCGACAAUGUGUAUGGAGAAGCUGUAAAUAUGUUUGCUGUUAACCUCUUUCGAACCCUUCCACCAUCGUCGAAUCCUAACGGUGCUGAAUUUGAUCCCGAAGAAGACGAGCCAACACUCGAGGCUGCCUGGCCACAUUUGCAACUCGUCUACGAACUCUUUCUUAGGGUACUCGAAGCACCUGAUUUUCAGGUUAAUAUAGCUAAACGAUAUAUAGACCAAAAAUUCGUAUUACAACUAUUAGAUCUGUUCGAUUCAGAGGAUCCGAGGGAGAGAGAUUUACUCAAGACUACAUUACAUAGGAUAUAUGGCAAAUUUCUUGGCCUUAGAGCAUUCAUCAGGAAGCAAAUCAGUAAUGUGUUUUAUAGGUUUAUUUACGAAACCGAGCACCAUAAUGGAAUUGCCGAGUUAUUAGAAAUCUUAGGUUCCAUCAUUAACGGAUUUGCAUUGCCUUUAAAAGAUGAACACAAGCUCUUUCUAUUAAGGGCUUUGAUGCCCUUACAUAAAGUAAAAAGUUUAUCAGUAUACCAUCCACAAUUGGCCUACUGUGUAGUCCAAUUCUUAGAAAAGGAUGCUUCUCUUACUCAGUCAGUUAUUCAAAGUCUACUUAAGUAUUGGCCAAAGACGCACAGUCCCAAGGAGGUGAUGUUCCUCAACGAACUCGAAGAAAUACUCGAUGUGAUAGAGCCCGCGGAAUUUCAAAAGGUUAUGGUACCAUUAUUUCGCCAGUUAGCCAAGUGUGUUAGCUCGCCGCAUUUUCAGGUUGCAGAGAGAGCAUUGUAUUAUUGGAAUAACGAAUAUGUGAUGUCACUAGUAUCAGAUAACGUGGUUAAAAUACUACCUAUUAUGUUUCCAAGUUUAUAUAGAAACUCUAAAAGUCAUUGGAAUAAAACAAUUCAUGGAUUAAUCUAUAACGCGUUAAAGUUAUUUAUGGAAAUGGAUCAGAAACUUUUCGACGAUUGUACCCAACAGUAUCGACAAGAAAGACAAAAAGAAAAGGAAAGAGAACAUCAGCGUCAAGAAUUAUGGAACAAAGUGGAAGUAUUAGCUUCGAGAAAACCAGAAUACGAUUCUGUCACGAGAAAUUACAAUUUAAUCAACAACAUUAUCACUAGUCCUGAAAACGACGAUGAGCUCAAUUUAAGUUGUUUAAAAGAUGAAGAUUUGGAAAAUAAAAAGCAACGCAACUUGAGUAAACCUUUAAUUCGUCGCAAGUCAGAACUACCCCAAGACCAGUAUACAGUGAAUGCUCUGUCUGACCACAAAAGGAUGGACGAUUAUCUAGUAACACCUCCAGACGUCAACAAGUGCUAGUCUCUUCUCUUACAAUACUUGCUGCAUAGAUUGCAGUAAGUUUUGUGCCAAUUGACGAAGAAUCAUCGGUCUUUCUACCCGCCAUGGAAAUUAAGAUCGAACGAAGCAUGCUUUUAAUUGUAUAUUUAUUUGUUUCUUUAGGAAAUGUUAUUUUUUUAUAAAUGUAGAAAAUGUAUGUAUAUAGUUUUUUUAUGCGAAGGCUUGAAAUGAUAGUAAAUCACGGAAUUAUAUAUAUUUUUUCUUUAAUUUCUUAGCAAUUUUUAGUUGUCCGGAUUAUAAGUAGAACAAGCGAUAGAUAAAAGCUAAAUAUAGCCAUGUUGUACUGUGAUUCCAGGCCAUCAUUAAUGGUUUUGGAUUAUUGUAGUUUGCAGUUAGUUUUUUUUUUUAUUUAUUUAGGUUUAGGUGACGAGCUAAUCAAACUAUUUAUAUCAGAGCUAGUCGGACUAUUUGCUACACUUUCCUUGUAUCAGAAGUGAAAAAAGCUAGAAUUAGAUGGUUACGGCGAAUCCAGGAUUGAAACAAUCAUGGUUGAUGGUCCGGAUUGGACCGCGUCAAGAUUUCGACAUCCUUUGUGGAAACAUUUUCACCGAAAUUUCAAAAUAUAACGAAUUAGAAUUAGUAGACGAGUAAGACAAGCGGGUACAAUCUUAUGGAAAAUAUUAACUUUAUCGUUGCAAAUAUUUGUAGGUUUAUGUCAGGGAACAAUAAAGGAAUGUGCGUGAACGGAAACUAUUUAAAAAUAUCUUAGAUUCGCUGAUGAUUUAUAGUAACAACUCUGGGAGAACUAAAUAUAAUGAUUUAUCAUGAUUUUCCAUGUUAUGUAUUCUAAAGUUUUUUUUUUCUGAAAAGUGACUUUGGCAGAGCCAAUUAGCCACAAUUCUAAAGUUGUUCCAUUACAUUUAAUCUACUUAUUGUUUUGGUGUUCUUUUUGAUUGUAAACUCUGAAAUUUUAUUGGUUACAUGUUCUAAUUAUUGUAUAAGUUUUCUUCUUUUGCUUAACGAACAACAAUGCUCUUACACUAUCUAUCUGUUUUAUUUCUUUUUAUAUUUUGAAUUCAUUGGAUUUUUGGCCUCCCACUUGUACUUUUUCUCUAAUUGUCUAAUAAGUACUUUCUAUAAUCAUGAUUAGUGUUUUCGGUACUUCUAGUUCUUCCAGGCAUUUCCAUAUUUUUCCUGUCGAUCGAAUAUCAAAAGCUGCCUUCUGGUAAUAUUUUAACCAAUUAUUAGGAAAUAAUUUUUAAAAUAUUAUUAAAUAUUAUGCAUACCUUCUUCAAAGUACAAAAACACACGUAUCGCCUACUUCGGCACAAGUCAAACAAUGUUGCCUUCUACUUGGUUUCUCUAAUCCUAAAAUUAACCUACAAUAACGUGCAAUAUUUAUCGAUAAAUUAGAAGGCUACAUAAGAAUUUCAUAUCAUAAGAUUGCGCCCAAAAUAUUUAAUCUAAAAUUUUAAUUAAAUAGAAGCAGCAUUAUUAUUUUGAACUGCAGAAAUAACUAGAAAGGAAUGAUUUUGAGUGGUGAUAUAUUCUGUUACUGCAAAUCUCUGUACACAUUUUAAAGAACCUGGCAAAUCAAUUGAAUAUUUGAUUCUUUACCUAAUUGUUAUACAAUUUAGUAUUAUUUUAAAGUUAAAUUUAGAACUGUAUUCAAUAAGUUUGUGUGCUAAUAUAAGUGGUGCUAUAGUAUGCUAAUAAAGUUUGAAACUUGUUAAACGUAAGUAAAAAAAAAACUUAUUUGAGCAAUAUUAAAUUAAGACAUUUCACUUCCUUAAUUUAAAUCAAAGUGGCCCCUGAACAGAACUAAAUCCUAUAUCAUUAUAUUUGUAAGCUUGAGACACUCGAAUUGGUGUCCCCGAUAGACAAAGUCAAAAUGUAAAACCUCAUAUGUAAUGUUCAAUAUAUAUGUAUAUAAAAGUGAAUAUUUUUAUUAUAUGUUUAAAUAAAAUUCAAUGUUAAUUGCAU